AUGAGGUGGCAACCAUGCAAGUACAGACUGCGCCAUAGGUGGGAUAUAUGCAGGCCUGUGCUGAAAGAUGGCUGGCUUUUCACCUUGCCCAGAGGGAGGCAGAGGCCACUUCUUGAGAUGCUUCCGUCCACACCGGUGGCCGGGUGUGGGGCAGCUAUGCUUCUGGCAAGUUAUUGGCUGCCCUUGAGGCCAACGCGCCUAUGGCCAUGGGUGUAUGACAGCGGAGCUAUUUGUGCCAACGUGUCCGCUGGCAACGUGCUCUUGGAAGCCGGUGAUGGCGCAGAGGCAGGAUGGUUUGCGCUGCGGCACAUGAACUGGACGGAGCCUUUAGCCACAGUGAAGUCAGAGUCUGAAGCUGCUUCUCUUUCUCUGCCGAAGAUUCUCCACAAUGUCUUCCUUGGACUGGAAGGGCAUGGGAACCUGCGGCUCAGCAACCUCACCUGGAAGGAGUUUCCCGGCGUUGCCUUCUUCAGUCACGGGCAGCAGACGUGGUAUCAGGACCAGAAUGGAGGCGAGUUGUGCACAGUGCCUCAUGGAACCAUCUACAAGGAGAUGGCCAACAUGGCGCUUCAGAAGCUGCUAGAACUGGACGAAGGAGAGCGAUUUAGAAAGACAAGCAGCGCAGCCGACGAGCCAGAGACUUGCACAAUCUUAAAUGAUCUUACAGUGGGAGUUGAAGUUGACUUGGGGCAAGGGAGGGGCUGGCAGCCCCUCUACCCCAAGUCAGGUCUGGAUGUGUCUGGAGACAAUGACAUUCUGGUGCGCUUGCGAGAUGACGCUGGAGUCUGCGGCAGCUGCAAGGCAACGAGUGGCGCCAAAUUCAUGUCCAAUGGAUUUGGAGAGUUUGGUUCAAGAGCUGCAACAUACAUACAGCACGAAGAAGCCGCAGCGGCAGAGGAGAGUCGUUUGCAGAAGAAACGGAAGCGAGACAUCGAUGUCCAGUUGUUUGCAGAGGUGAACAGGGUGGCUCUUUGGAGACAAAAGUGUGCCAUCAUCAGCAUCUCGAUCUUCAUUUCCGUCAUCCUGGGUGUCAUGGUCUCCUGCGCCGUUGCAGCCUUCUACCUGGAGAACCAGCUGCAAGGCGUUGGCCUCGCCGCGGCGCUGCUGGCGUUGUGGUGCUGUGCCUGCGGCGGACUCGGUGCACUCUCAAGUGCCAGUGGCGAUGAUAGCCGCGAUACUGUGAAGCUGGGGGCAGGAGUCCGGGCGGCGCGGCCGGAGCUGCGGGGCUACGCGGCCGACGCGGUCGAGGCCUCCGAGGGCGAUUGGAGAGGUCUGACGCUGCUCGGCUGCCUCUGGUGCGUUCUCGGCGCCGGUGUCGGCGGCGUCACCGCCAUGAUCAUGGCCAGUGACCAGAAGGGGCACAGCUGGACCAUCGUCGUGCUGUUGGGCGGGGUGUCUCUGACGAUGUGCACCGGUGGCAUCGUCGCUUGCAUCACGGAAAAGCCCAAGGGCUGGAGAAAGACAGUGCAAACUUUUGGGCUCGGUGCUCUCCUGGUUCCCCACCAGUGGCCAAAUCUGCUCCUAGAGCAACGCGGUGUGACUCUUGCACAGCUCUUCCUUCAGCCCCCAAAAAAGUCGCUGGACGCAGCUGUCCAUACCACCCACGAACACACCAUUGUGUUCGAGGGGAACGUGCUCCCAGGCCGGGAGACUGUUUGUUCAUGGCCAGGGAAGUAUGCAUCCGCAUGGGAUGAGCUCGUGGCCGGCGCCCGCCAAAAUGACAUCAGUGCCGCUGUAGUGUUUCUGCCCAAAGGCUCCCAGCACUUCGGGUUGCAUGACCCCAUUCCUCCGAAUGAGGAAUUUCAGGACUUACAAGGCAACUGCUGGUGCACGCCCCUUUAUGGCGGGAAAAAGCCAUGGGGGUGUAGGUGGUGGUCCAAGUGGAUCGCCAACAUCGAGGUAGCAGUUAAACAAAACGCCACCCUUGAUGUAUAUUACUUCGAUGGGAAGAAAGGUUUAGGCAAAGUCAAGGAUUUCACCACAGCCGGAGUUGAACAUCUGCGCCGCGAACAGAUCUCCAGGAAAAAAGCUGACUUCAAGAAGUCCGAGGCUUUCCGGAAUGCCCUGGAUGCUGGCCUCAAGCGUCUAUCGAAGCAGGAAGGUCCAGAUUCCUCUUCGCCCUUUUCCCGGGAGGAACACCGUCUUUUCUUGGCUUGGCUUCCCGAGGAAGACCGGCAGUUUCUGGAGGAGUCGGAAGGCUUAGGCAACUCGCAAAAGGCGGAGGUAGCUUGGCUUCAACGGAAGGGCUAUCCGUACGUGGAGAAAGAGGUGAGCCAACUCGGCGGCUCAUCGCCCAAGGCGAUUGGCGCACAGGCGACCAGCAGAGUCACUUGA